AUGUCUCAAAACAGUGAGUUAGAAAUCAGUGUAGGAGACCUGAUCCCCUCUCCCACUACACAGUACCAGGCACAGACAAUCCUGGGCAAUGGCGUCUAUGGAGUGGUCAUCCAAUGCAGGAAUGUGACCACCGAUGAAACGGAAGAGGAGGUCACCCUUCAAGCCAUGAAGGCGCUCCACUCAGACAGGUUCAACAUCGUCAGAUUCAACGAGUCAUUCACCUACAAGGGACAUUACUGUCUUGUGUUUGAGCACCUGGAUAUGGAUCUGCAGAAAUUCAAGCAGAUCAGCCCGGGUCAACACCUUCAGCUGAAGCAGAUCCGCCCCAUUCUACAGCAGCUGGCUACAUCCUUGGAAUUUCUGAACAGUGCAGGGAUCAUUCAUGCAGAUUUGAAGCCAGAUAACAUCAUGUUGGUGGAUCAUGUCAGGAAGCCACUCAAAGUUAAAGUCAUUGACUUUGGUUUAGCCUUCGAUGAUCCUGAGGAACAGAUCGGUGAUCUCCUCCAGCCUUUGUGGUACAGAUCUCCUGAGGUUCUGUAUAAAGAGCCUUUCAGCGGGGCCAUCGAUGUAUGGUCUCUCGGCUGUAUUGCUGCUGAGCUGUCUACGGGCAGACCACUGUUCCCAGCCUCUAAUGAGAAUGAAUUGAUGAGGCAAUUUGCGUUUGCAAUUAGAGAUCCAGAGCAUGAAGGAAACUUCCUACCUCAUGCGUUCUGGCCAAGACGCUGGAUGGAAGCCAGAUUUAUGGGGACUCAUCCGCUCUGGGUAGAAGAGGUCCAAGCUGAACACUGUGACCUGCAGUGCUUUUUGGACCUAAUGACUCAGAUGCUGAUGAUGAGUCAGUUAAGAAGAAUUACCCCCAGCAGAAUUCUGCAGCAUCCUUUCAUCACGAUGAGCCACCUUCAGGGUUCAUACAGAAACAGCCUCUAUGCGAAGUCAUGUAAGGAUCUGAUGGACAUCUGUCAGGAUCCGAGCUCUGACGAUGGAGGACAUGGAGACCAGGUGAUCCUUCAAAUGUCCCUGAAUGAGGAUGCCUCCAGCAGCACUGCCAGCCCAGCCAAGGAGCGCAGCCCUGCUGGGAUGACAGAUGAGAAGCAUUCAAAAAUGAAUGCAAAGCGUGGCAACAGACCAGAAGACUCCCAAGCAAUGGUGAGAAGGAGUGAACGACUGGCAGCCAUUCGAGGCACAAGUGGGCAAACGGGACCAAUCAGGUGCCAGAGGAGGAGAAAAAGACACAAUCCCACAGCCAAUGGCAACCCCUCGACGAAGAAGACAAACGUGAGCCUCAGAAACGGACGGACCUUGUGA